GGAUGCUUCAUCCUCAAGAAUUUGAUAAAUAUCUUGAAACUAAACGAAAAGUUCGAUCAAAAUUUCACCGUGAAAAAGCCAUUCAACUUUUUAAAGAAUUAGAUAAACUCUUACAUUCAAAACCUGCUAAAUAUACACCACUUCAUCGUCUUUCAGAACUUGAAACUUAUCUUACACAAUAUAAGACAUCCGUUGGAGCUCGUCCAUUUAUAAAGGGUUUAUUACAUGUUUUUAAAUCUCAAUUACACCAGUCCACACUCUCUUCAUGGACUUUUUUAGAUAAUACUUUAACUCAAAAUGGUAUCGAUUUUAUGAGGGCUACAGUUAAUUUAUUAGUUAAUGUAUUAGGUUUCACGCAUACGAUUCAAGAAGCUGAUGAAAGUGGGGAACAAGGUAGUCUUCGUACAUGGUAUAUUAAUAGUACGUUAAGUGAUUUCGAAAUUUCAUCUCUUAUUAAAGCAUUUCCAAAAGAAAAUUUUCUUCGUAAUGUUAGAUCGACAGGUUCAAUAGAAUUAUCUUCUCAACAACGUUCACCAAAUUUAAUUAAAACUUCAAAAAGAAAUGUUAUUGGAAAAUUUUUUUUGUUUUGGUGGAAUCUGUUAAGAUGGUUAUUUAGUUUUUGUUGUGGAAUGAUUAAAUCUAGAAAAGUUAAGGAUGAUACAUUACCUGAUAUUUAA